UGAUAAAUCUCCCCAUGUAAGUAGAAAAAGAAAACAAAGGUGCACUCCUAGUGUAGAGGUCUCAGUUGAAAGAUGUGAUUCAUGGACAGUGUCGGGACACCUUCUGCAACAGCUGCUUGAGUGAUCAGCUGCAUUAGAGACCACAUGGCAUUAUCCUUUGGCAAUCCAUGACUCAUUAGAUGUUACCAUGACACCAAUGACACAUCUUGUACCUCUCAGUGGAUCCAGUGGAAGAGUGACUGCAUCUGACCGUCUUGAGGCAGAUAAAGCCAAAUAUGUGAAAUCUCCACAAGUCAUACAUCGCAGGCAAAACCCAGCCAUCAACACCAAAUUCACCCCGGUGCUGUCAAGGAAAGCCAGCCUACUACCACCAUUACAAACUGAAUACUCUUUUAACAAUCUCUGUAGCUCAACUACACAACAGAAAUCUCGAAAGCAAAGUGACUCCGAUUUUGACAAGAGUAAUGAUGUGUUUCAAACAUCUCCCAUAUCUAGCCCUUUGAUUCCAGAAGAAAAAUUCAAACCAAAAACUGUUCAAUCUCAUUCUAGCAGCCUCUCUCCUAGUGUCCCGAGAAAGCAAGCAAAUCUUAGUUUUAAGCCUCAGAAAGAACAGACAAGUAGUCCAAAUUGCAAAUGUCCUUUGUCACCAAGUUUUUUAACAUCCAACCAUGGAAAUCACCUACAGACAACCCCAGGGUCUCCUACAGCCAGUCCUCACUGUUUAAGGAGAUUAAGUGGUAAAAGAAUGAACCGACCAGACUCUCUGAUAAUUUACAGACAAAAACGGGAUGUGGCAUUAUCUAGCAAAGAAAACAGUAAUGAGGAGGCAGGCCUGGUCAUUCGGCUUCUGCAAGGGACACCACUAUUAAAAAGAAGUUCUCGGUUUUCACAAAAUCCAGCUCAAACCUGCAACCAGGAAGUACCACUUUCACCUCAGUUGCCAAGAGGGAAGGAAAAAGCCUUUGUUUGCCAGUCUCAUUGCCCCACAACCUCUAAUGUUCAAGAAGUCCAACUAGAAGAGCAGCUGACUUUUACUGAUUAUGAAGCCCAAACCUUUUUUGAGAGCUGUGGGCUGGAAGGUAGCUUGUUGAACUUGCUUAAUAGCUACCAAAAGGGAGGGAACACACCAAUGGGUAGCUUGGAAUCCAUGGACAGAGUAAGUUGUGCUCUUGGUGUUGCAGAAGAAGAGAAGGAAGUAAAAACUCCUGUAUCUGUAAUUGAGCGUAAUGCGCGUGUAAUAAAGUGGAUAUAUAGCUGUCAUCAAGCACGUAGCAUUGGAGGACAGGGAAAUAAGCAGCUGGCAAGGGAAUCUACAGUUUGAUGUGGCCACAACAUAGCUCAGUACUAUUAUAAGCUGUAGAACACUCAUGGAGAUUUUCAGCACAAGGAAAAGAAACAGCGGUAAUGUUCUACAACCUACCAAUUCUAUUUCUGACACAACUUGCAAAACUUGUAAAAUUCAAAAUUGAAAGGUACCUGUCAGGAGAAUUUGUGUCCCAUACCUCCAUCAACCUGUUAUCAGGGUCGUAAAAUAUUGAUAAUGAUACUCUUGUAUAUCCUGGCCAAUAUAACAUAAUAUGGAAAAAGAACUUUGAAAACAGUUCAAAUUGCCUUUAAAGAGGCAUUAAGUAAAGGCACCAUCUCUAAGCCAUUUUAGUAACUAAUUUGAAUACAGCAUGCGCUAUUUUCAAAGUUCUUUUUCUACGUUAUGUUACAACAGCCAGGAUAUACAAAGGCAUAAUUGUCAACCUGUUACAUUCCUGGAUAACAAGUUGGUGGAGGCUUGGGGGCCUAAAUCUUUCUGACAGGUCCCCAGUAAAUGUAUACCGUGUUUUUGGCGGCCCACUCUCCCUGUUUUAUAGACAACCGUCUUUUUUAUGUCACUGCUUGUUGCCACCUAUCUUGCUUUAUAACAUUUAUUGUGUCUAAUGGCAAUAUUAUUGUAUUGAGAAAAUCAAAAUGUUCUAAUAAAUUAAAA